GGGAGGGGGACGUCAUACAACGAUACAGCCAAUCAGAGACAACCCUGUUGGAUUUAUGCCAAGGUUUUUUAGGCUUGUAAAGACUUUAGUGGAAGUGGCAAAAGCAAGCAGUUUAAAAAAUAAUAAUCCAGAAUGCCCUAUACACCGUCCGGCUUCUUCUGUGACCGGCUGAUCCGGGAGAGAGAGAGAAGAGAUGGAGAAGGAUCCCUCAGCAAGCCCCUGCGCUUCAGCGGACAGGACUUUACCGCACUCAAACAAGAGUGCCUCACCAAGAAGUGCCUGUUUGAGGAUGACACCUUCCCAGCCUCCGUGGAGUCUCUGGGGUACAAGGAGCUGGGACACAAGUCUAACAAGGUCAAGAACAUCGUCUGGAAGAGACCCAAGGAGAUCUGUGAGAACCCUCAGUUCAUUGUGGGCGGAGCCAGCAGGACAGACAUUUGCCAGGGAGAUCUUGGUGACUGUUGGCUGCUGGCUGCUAUAGCCUGUCUGACUCUGAAUGAGAAGCUUCUCUACCGGGUCGUUCCUCAGGAACAGAGCUUCUCUGAGGGAUAUGGAGGAAUUUUCCACUUCCAGUUCUGGCGCUAUGGCGACUGGGUUGACGUUGUUAUUGACGACCGCAUCCCCACCUUCAACAGCCAGCUGGUGUUCACCAAGUCUGCCGAGAGAAAUGAAUUCUGGAGUGCCCUGCUGGAGAAGGCCUACGCCAAGCUUCACGGUUCCUAUGAGGCCCUGAAGGGUGGUAACACCACGGAGGCCAUGGAAGACUUCACCGGGGGCGUGACAGAGUUCUAUGAGAUGAAGGAGGCGCCCAAGGAGCUGUAUAAGAUCAUGAAGAAGGCCCUGGAGAGAGGCUCUAUGAUGGGCUGCUCUAUCGACUCCCUGGUUCCUGCUCGUUUCGAGACCCGCACUGUGACUGGCCUUGUGAAGGGCCACGCCUACUCUGUGACUGCCGUUGAGGAGUGUAAGCAGUCCCAGCAUAAGGAGCCUAAGGUGCGCCUGGUGCGCCUCAGGAACCCCUGGGGACAGGUAGAGUGGAAUGGGCCCUGGAGUGACAACUCUAAGGAGUGGGUGUCUCUGUCUAAGGGAGAGAAGGACAAGCUCCAGCAUCAAAGUGCUGAGGACGGGGAGUUCUGGAUGGCCUUUGAGGACUUCAAGAAGAACUACACUAAGAUUGAGAUCUGCAACCUGACCCCUGAUGCCCUGGAGGAUGAUAAGAUCCACAAGUGGACGGUGUCUGUGAACGAGGGUCGCUGGGUCAGAGGCUGCUCCGCCGGAGGCUGUAGAAACUACCCAGAUACUUUCUGGACCAACCCUCAGUACCGCCUGCGUCUCUUGGAGGAGGAUGAUGACCCAGAAGACAACGAGGUGGCGUGUUCCUUCGUGAUCGCUCUGAUGCAGAAGAACAGACGGAAAGAGAGGAAGAUGGGAGCCAAUCUCUUCACCAUCGGAUUUGCCAUCUACGAGGUGCCGAAGGAGAUGCACGGAAACAAGCAGCACAUGCAGAAGGACUUCUUCCUAUUCAACUCAUCCAAGGCUCGCUGCAAGUCCUACAUCAACCUGAGGGAGGUGACCCAGCGCUUCCGUCUGAGCCCCGGGGAGUACGUGAUCAUCCCGUCUACCUACGAGCCUCACCAGGAGGGAGAGUUCAUCCUCAGAGUCUUCUCCGAAAAGAGGAACACCUCAGAGGAGAUAGAGAACAGGAUCGAGGCUGAUCAUCCAGUGCCGGCCCCAGCCAAUGCGGGGGAGGAGAGUGAGGAGGACCAGCAGUUCCGAAGCCUCUUUCAGCAGAUAGCCGGGGAUGAAAUGGAAAUAACCGCCAACGAGCUGAAGAAUGUCCUCAACAGCAUCGUCUCCAAACAUAAGGACCUGAACACAGAGGGUUUUAGCCUGGAGUGCUGCAGGAGCAUGAUCUCUCUCAUGGAUAUGGACGGGACAGGCAGACUCAACCUGCAGGAGUUCAGACAUCUCUGGAACAAGAUCAAGCAGUGGCAGGGAAUUUUCCAACACUACAACUCGGACCAGGCUAGUAGCAUCAACAGCUACGAAAUGAGAAAUGCUGUCAACGAUGCAGGCUUCCGUCUCAACAAUCAGCUCUAUGACGUCAUCACCAUGCGUUACGCCGACGAGAGCAUGAACAUCGACUUUGACAGCUUCAUCAGCUGUCUGGUCCGGCUCGAAGCCAUGUUCAGGGCGUUCCAGGCCUUCGACCAGGAUGGAGAUGGUACGAUCAGACUCAGUGUCUUAGAGUGGCUCCAGCUGACCAUGUAUGCCUAGAUUUCCAGAAAGGUGUUCUCAGCCAAUCGGCCUCUCAGGUGACACACACCCAACGUGAAGAACAGAGGCGAACUACCAGCAUUUACCUCAGUCGUGACAGUGCCAGACCGUAGCGCUAACCCUGCCAGUACCACAUCCACCACCUUCGUCCUGUUCACCUCACGUCAUCCCCCAGUCCUCACAAUAGACUGCUACUUUUACCAGUCCAUACUACUUACAACUCCAUCACAUCCUUCUCUCUCUCUCUCUCCCUCUAACCUUCUCCUUCCCCAUCUCUCUCUCCCUCUAACCUUCUCCUUCUCCAUCUCUCUCUCCCUCUAACCUUCUCCUUCCCCAUCUCUCUCUCUCUCUAACCUUCUCCUUCCCUCUCUCUCUCUCUAACCUUCUCCUUCCCUCUCCCUCUAACCUCACAAUAGACUGCUACGCUUACCAGUCCAUACUACUUACAUCUCCAUCACAUCCUUCCCUCUCCCUCUAACCUUCUCCCUCUAACCUUCUCCUUCCCCAUCUCCCUCUAACCUCACAAUAGACUGCUACUCUUACCAGUCCAUACUACUUACAACUCCAUCACAUCCUUCUCCAUCUCUCUCUCCCUCUAACCUUCUCCUUCCCCAUCUCUCUCUCUCUAACCUUCUAACCUUCUCUCUCUCUCUCUCUAACCUUCUCCUUCCCUCUCUCUCUCUCCCUCUAACCUUCUCCUUCCCUCUCCCUCUAACCUCACAAUAGACUGCUACUCUUACCAGUCCAUACUACUUACAACUCCAUCACAUCCUUCUCCAUCUCUCUCUCCCUCUAACCUUCUCCUUCCCCAUCUCUCUCUCCUCUAACCUUCUCCUUCCCCAUCUCUCUCUCUCUCUAACCUUCUCCUUCCCAUCUCUCCU